CCGUGUCCUGAGUUCAGGGCUCGCCCCUCGCGACCCGCUACCGGACGACGAAGUGCUCAAGACUGAGUUGUGGGGAGAGACAUUGUCCAGCCCAGUAGGACUGGCCGCGGGUUUCGACAAGCACGGCGAAGCAAUCGACGGUCUGUUCAACCUUGGCUUCAGCUGGGUGGAGAUUGGCAGCGUAACGCCAAAACCGCAGCCCGGGAAUCCCAAACCGCGCGUGUUCCACCUACCAGACGACUCAGCCCUCAUCAAUCGCUACGGCUUCCCCUCAGAAGGACACGCCGCAGUCCUGGCGCGUCUGCGUGCCCGCCUCCCGACGCUGUUCCCGUACUCCUCUUCCCCUGAUUCCGACUCCCCUCUGUUCGGCGAAGAACACGCAUCCUUACGUCCGAAUGCACUUCUCGCAGUGAACCUGGGCAAGAACAAGUCGUCCCCGCCAGACUCGAUUGCGGACUUCGUGGCCGGCGUGCGGACGUUCGGGCCCUACGCGGACGCGCUCGUGGUCAACGUGUCGAGCCCCAAUACUCCUGGAUUAAGAGGCAUGCAGAGCCGGACGUUGCUGCAAGAGCUGCUCGCGGGCGUCACCUCGGCGCGCGACGAAGUGACGACCGCCUCGACGCACGCACACCGCCCAAAGCUGCUGCUCAAGAUCGCCCCCGACCUGACCGAGUCGGAAGUCGCAGACGUCGCCGCGGCCGUCCGCGCGACUAACGGCAUCGACGGCGUCAUCGUCAGCAACACGACCAUCCAGCGCCCUCCCAGUCUGUCCGAUCCGAACAAGGUCGAACAGGGCGGCCUGUCCGGUCCUCCCCUCAAGCCGUACUCGCUCGCCACGCUCCGCACCCUCCGCGGUCUCCUCCCCGCGUCCAUCCCCAUCAUCGGCUGCGGCGGGAUCUCCUCCGGGGCGGACGCGCUCGAGUUCGCGCGUGCAGGCGCGGCCGCCGUGCAGCUGUACACCGCGUUCGGGUACCACGGCCCCGGCACCGCGCGGGAGAUCAAGGACGAGCUCGCCGCGCUCCUCCGGAAGGAGGGCAAGACGUGGCAGGAGGUCGUGCGCGAGUCCGUCGAGAAGACCAGCCUGCGCGAGGGCCAGACGGCUGAGGUCGAGGGAGCGGGUUCGGGAGCGGUGUCGGAGGCGAGCGUGAAGGUGCUCGUGCAGGAGGCGGAGGAGCUGAAGCGGCUGCUGGACGGGCUGGGGGAGAGGAUCGAGAAGCGGCUGGCCACUCCGCCCCCGCCGGUGUCGUAGCGUGUGUGUGGGCUCGCGAAUGAGAAGCAUGCUUGCGAGAUGGUCCGAGUGCGCCGGGGAGUGCAGAUGCAGGUACGCGGAGUCGAUCGC